AUGGGCCAAAAUCAAGUCUCCCUUCUUAAACAGGAGAUUACUGCUCAUAGUCACAUCUAUGAUGAUACUGGGGUUUUGUUAAGUACAGGUAUUGUGAGGUCUAUAAGGAGGAGGUUUGAUGAUGUGAAGAAGCAUGCACUUAAAUGCCUCAACAAUUGUCCUAUUAAGGUCAUUUGUCACUUCUUUAAUUGCUUAUGGCAUUUUAUAGAUGCAUAUCAUGGGGGGUUGACCAGAAAGGUGGUGGAAUGGGCUAUUCAUAAGCAGAAAAGUCAUCACACUGUUUUUCAAAAUAUGAUGAUAAGCAUUAAGGCAGUUCUCAACUAG